UGGGUGAGCCUGAGCUUGUUCACUUUUUAAACUUCAUUUUUGCACUGUACACAUUCUUCCUUAAAAUGAGAUAAGAGAGCAUCACCAUGCUUAAUGUGAGUUAUAGCCGCUCAACCUAUUCCUUACUCGUUUGAGAUUAUUUCACAUUUACUCUAAACAAUCUAUUGAUUUUAUUUCUAGUCAUAUACAAAAUUUUAGAAUAAGUCUUAUCUUAAGUUCUUGCAUAGUCUAUCCAAAAACAUGGCACUACAACUAAAAGACCUGUUAAAGGUAUACCUACACAUGAAUUUACUCUUUUACAGAGCUCAAGACACAGAUCACAUGAACUGCAACUGCUUGUUGCUGCAAAGCGACUGAGAUUUGAGUAUUUGUUAACCAAACAACAACAACAAAAAAAAAGGUCAGCCACCUCCCCUGUGGGGAAAUGACUAGUUCCAGUUUAUGGCAUUUCUGAAAGUCAACCCUGAUUGGCCAGGCGACCUGUAAUGUAGGGGCUCAGUCCAUCCAGUCCUGGCUGAGAGAAAUGUUUUGAGAUUUUUAUAGCCUCAGGUUCCUUCAGCUGUCCACAUAUCACAUCUGCACACAACACUCCCUUGGUUCUUGCCGUUUUGGUCAGCAUGGGUUAUCCACUUGUGAUUCUGCUCUGUGUGGGAUUAUUGCACCAGCAUGCGUGGGCCGUCGUGAUGGAUAAAUUAGCAGGCGACAAGAUCUGCGGAGAUGCAGAAUGCUCAUAUGUUCUCUCCAUGGCCACAGCCUUGGAUGACUUCAUAGCCCCUGACUGCAGAUUCAUCAACAUCAGGAAGGGUCAGAUGGUUUAUGUGUAUUCUAAACUCGUACCAGAGGAGGGCGCCGGAGUCUUCUGGUCUGGAAGUGUUUACAGUGAGCGCUAUGUGGACCAGAUGGGCAUCGUCGGAUACUUCCCUGCAACUGUGGUGAAGGAGACAAACAAGUUUACAGAGGACACAGUAAAGAUUCCUACAACCGCCAUGGACUUUUACUGUGUUUAAGGGCUGACAGACCGAAUCCUCUUUGUUUUGAUAAAGACAAAGCUGGAAUGACAACCUAGACACUUUCAACCCCCUCAUUGUCCACAGUCCAACCCCCGCUGUUGAGCGAGCUCUUUUUCUCUGCCUUGCUUUGUCUUUACAGGACACUUUGCUCAAUAAACCCUUUUUUCCACGUCAAUACUGAAUGCGACUUUUAGGGUUAGUAAUUGGAGUUUGAUUCUACAUAUCUACUUAAACAACCGGGAACUUCAUCAUCAAAAUCAAUUUGUAAUGCCGAGGUAGGCUUUUUACUGCAGUGUCAAGAUUUCUUGAUGCUAUUUGACAUUUUUUUAUUACUCAAAUAAUAUCUGAGUUACACACAGUAAGUUAAUGUUCAUCAUGAAACAGCAUGCAAAGAAGUCCGCUGUUUAUUCUCUGUUUUCAAAUACCACAAUUACUCAUGUUGGCUAUUAAACACAGCACAACAUUUUUCAGUAUAUAUUUUACACUUAAUUAAUGUGCCUCAAUUCCAAACCAACUGACUUUGUAAAUCUAAUAAGGGGCAUUGGUACAUGGGAGAUUGUGAGUUAUGGUGAUCUAUUUUGCAGGAGCAAUGAUUUGAAAAGAUAAAUUAAAUUGCUCAGUGACUAUAGUGACUACAUUAGCACUGGUAAAACACUUAGGAUUACAUUUUUUCUUUUAUUUAGGAAGUCAUCUGGAAGGAAGUUUUAAGAGUGUACAAGCUCUCAGUUAUUUUGCACAAAUAUUUCUUCAACAUUCGUCAAACUAAAAUGACACCAACCUACAAAACAAAUAGCUUAUUAACUUUAACUUUAUUUUUUCAUUUAGUGAUUAUGCUCAACCUAUUUCCUUGAUAUGAGACAGUAACUAAUUGAAUGUUUAUAAUUGAGAAUAUUUUUUGGUUGAUGGAUACACCUGCAGUUUUGCCAAAAGUUCAGUUGCUUUGAAAUAUAUCAAAGUAAUCCAGGCCAGGUGGCCUGCUUAAAAGCUCACAAAAGCGACUCAUUCGUUUAAUUGGACCUUUGAAGCUACUUCAUGUUUAAUUUAUUUUCAAUAUAAGUGUAAUUAUAAUACUUGCCGUUAUUAUUUCCUCAUGGAGAGUUUGUCCUUCUGCCCGCCUGUCUUUCUGUCUGUCUGUUUCAUACCCGCCCAUCCACAUGUAGCAAAGAACAGUUAUGAUUAAAUGUGGCCUGACAUAUUUGUCAUCGUUAAGACUCUUUCCACA